AUGGACUCUCCUGCUAAUAUUGGUGAUAGCACAACAUUAUCUAUUCAACAAAAGCUAUCAAACACGCACAUUGAUGGAGUUCUCGAUACACUGAUCACUUCAGCAGCAUAUUCAGGGGUCAAGGUGAUACAAUUGCUGAUAAAAAUUUCUGAUGAAGCCAUUGUUACCCCCGAUAAGAACAAGGAAGAGACCAUUGUGCUAAGAAGAGUGCAAGAUUCGUUCAUCAAUGCCAGCCAACUCCUCAAUAUACUUGUCAGAUUAAAUGUCUUGACGCAAGUACAGGUAAAGAAUUACUUGAAGAAUGAAGUAUUGUCUAAUUUGGAGUAUUUCGGAAACUCUAAUUUACAGGUGUUGGAUUAUUCAAACCAUGAUAAUAGGGCGCUUCGCGGUAUUUGGGUUCCCUACAACAAGGGUGUGAAAAUAGCUUUGGACUUUGACGUCUAUGAUAUGAGCAAGCAGUUAUUUCUUGUUGAUGUUCACGACUUCGAGAAGCUCCCAAAGAAGAGAACUUUGGAUAACAUUUCCACUCAUGGGUCUCCAUCUGCACAAGGAUCCCCUUCCAAGAAACAGAAAAUUACUGCAACCAGCAUCUCUCGCUUGGCUGAGUUAGAGGCUAACCCAAAUUACCCGUACACUCUCCCUCCAGUGACCUUGGAGAAACCUGACAUUGCGAACGACAUCAAAAGAGUUCUUGGGGAGAUUUUCAAAAGAGACGACCAGAAUGGAGCCUCUUUGGAGGAAGUACGUCAAGACUUUGACCCAAUUUUCAAAUCGUUUGCAAAGGAGGACGCCAAAGAUAUUCCGUUGGAUCAAAAAGGCCUGACUGCAUUACAUUUUGCUUCAACGUUGGCAUCGUCCAACCUAGUCUCCAGCUUUAUUGAGUUGGGUCUCAACUCUCCCAUUCGAGGCAAUGUAGAUGGCGAGUCUCCGUUAAUUUCAUGUAUUCAGGUGACAAAUGCGAUGGAAAAGGGAAAUUUUAAAGAGAUUUUAUCACUGUGGUUACAUCCUGAUGUUUGGCUACUAGACCGAAAAGAUCAAACAGUGUUACACCACAUUUCACUACAAUCAGGCAAAAAUGAGAGUCACAAAUUUUAUUUGACAAAGUUGUUGGAAUAUAUUUUGUUGAAUGACAAAAGAUUUUUAGAGUUUAAGAAAACCAUAUUGAAUGCUCAGGACGCGAAUGGUAACACCGCAUUGCAUAUUGCAAUUGAAAAGGAGAACCGCUGGUUAAUAAAGGUUUUGCUUGAGCUUGGUGCCGAUGCUAGCACACCCAACAAGCUUGGAAUCAAAUGUCAAGAUUUUGAAAUAUUGAAUGACUUGCCUGAGCUCGAUGAUCACAUCUUUGACUUGAUCAGAACCAGUAAAGAAUUUUUUGACGAGCGAGUAAAGACAGUAGGAGUUGAAAAUAUUCAAGAUUUGGAACAACCAAAAGAGACCAAAUCUGUCACCAUUGAAACAUCGAGCUCUUCAAAUGUGUCUGACAAAAUCUUUCACAGCAUUCACCAGUUAUUAUCGGAUACCAGUCUGGAAUAUAACAACAUUCUAAACUCCAAGCGCGAACAGAUCAAAGUUUUGGACGAGGCAUUGCAUGAUGCAACCAUAGUCACAGCAAACAACCGGUUCCAAACAAAGAAAUUGAUUGAGAAUUUGGAAAGGUUAGAUACUUUUAAGUUACAAGCUGCGAAUGUGUCCGACAAGCUAAUACUAUCAGAUCAAGAAGUUCGAGAUGAUGAGCAAUAUGAUGCUGACGAGCCAUUCAUCAUCCCGCAACUCUUUGAUCGGUUAUCAAAGAAUGAGCUGGUUCAUGAUCUCAAGAAUGAUGAGAGUUUCCUCAAGAGUCUACCACCCUCAAAAAUCCUUCGGGCAAGAUUGAACGCAUACAGGCAGAUAAAUUCCAAACUAGAAGACGAAUUGAAAAGCUUGGUCGAUUAUAGUGAACUAACCUCAAAAUUCAAGAACGUUGUGAGCAUAUGUACAAAUGUCGGGGUCGAUGAGGUUGAUGAGCUUUUGGAUGGUCUACUAGAAGCUGUUGAGAGUUGA